UCCCUUCUUCCUCCCCUGGUGACCCAUCAUGAGCCCCCGGGGCAGCUCCCAGUGAAAGGGGGCUCUGCCAACAGCAGAGCAGUUUGUAUUUUAUUUCUUGAGACAGUGGCCACUGCGAGAGCAUUUGUGAAUGCUGCUUUAUCAUUAAUCAUCCUGGCCCACUCCCAAGCCCAUGCACUGGCCAAGGCCUCUGAUCCCCCGGCCUUCAGUCUGGUCUCCCAGAAUCCAGUCUCUCCCCCCUGGAGUUCAUUCUUUGAGCAGCUGUGCAAGUCACUCUCUCUCAAGCAGCUCCAGGGCCUCCCUUUUCUGGAGAAAAUAGAACCCCCUCUUCUCAGGCUGGCUCUCAACUCUAUUUCUAGAACAAUUUCUUAAAACCUGAGAUCCGUGGACUUUUACUUUUAAAAAGUAUUUUGAUAAUUGCAUUUCAGUUUAUUUAAUUUCCUUUAUAAUGCUAUGUAUUUUAUGCAGUAAGAAGCAUGACUGUGAGAGGGUCAUGGCCUUGAAGGACUGGCUUCAGGGGACCACCACAAAAGUGGAUCCUGGAGGGUUUCCUCUUCCUUCCCCUCCCCUCCCUGUAUUCUGCCUUCCUUGCUGUUUUUGCCCUGGUUCUGGGCCUUUAUCCAGGCUGUGCCCCCUGCCUAGAGUGCCCUCCCUCCUCAAGGACCACCCUUUAGGAGGUUUCCCUGGCCUCAGACAUCCCCUGCCCCUCCACUGACCCAAUUCCCUCAUAUUUCAUAUUUAUUUCUCUGUAUAAAGAUUGUUUUCCUCCAAGAGGGGCAGCCCCUUGAGGGCUUUUCCGUGUUCAGCUUGGUGCCCCAUGCCUGCCCCUGCUUCUUAAAUGGAUGCUGAAGGACAUGUGGCCAUGUCAGGGCUUUGGAGUUUGGCUCCUGACUGGCAGCCUCUUUCCCCUCUUGCAGGGUCUCCUUACUGGGCCUCUUCUGCCUCCUAGCCUUCCAUUCUUCCUCAAGGUCUCGUUCUCUCUUCAAGGGCUGCCCUCCUUUACUCUGUAAUUAUCCCAUCCUCCAAAAUGUAACUUCCUUGAACCCCCAGACUUAGCACGGUUGUCCCACUAGACUGUUCAGUGCUGACCUAAUUGAGUUGCAUGGUCUUGAGGAACUCGGUGUUUUCAGUUUCUCGGUCUACAGUGCCUGACAAACAGUAGACACUUAAUAAACGCUCACUGACUGACUGGAGCCUCUUUUAGCUCCAAAAUCCAGUGACCCCCAAUGGCCCAGGAGGCAGGAGCCUCUGCCGGACUCAUCCCAGCUGGGACCCUGGCCAUUCACCCCAGGAGACUGCCGUUCGCCUUGGUCAUUUCCAGUGGAAUAGAUUGGGCAGGGCCAUGGCUACCGUCCUGUCUCAGGUGUCCGGCCUUCCUCCUAAGCUUCGUUUUUUCUCAGCUGCGCAGGAGCUGCCCGGAGACCUCCGAAUGUUGGUACGGCUCUGGGACUUAGGCUGUAAGGGUUGUAAUGGGGAAGGGGGCUCUGGUAGGGACGAAAUCCCGGCCCUGUCGCUCGUUACCAGAUGGACAGCCCAUAAAGGAGUUGGAUAGGGGCCUCUAAGCCGCCCUCCUCCUCCACCUGUGAGCCCAGGCUUCUGGGGAGGCGGGUAAGCAGUUAGAGACUAAGCUUGGAAUCAGGAAGCCUCCUAUCCCGAGUUCAAAUCCAGCCCCAGACACUUCCUGGCUGUGUGCUUUCGCCCCAUUGGCGUGGGCUUUCUAAGGAAAUGGCCACCCUCCAGCGUCUGCCAUGACUAACGGACUGGACAGCAGCAGCACUUCUGUGAUCCGAGGAUGAAUCCCGGCCUGGCCUUUACUCCCCACCAGGCCCUCGGGGGCCGGGCCCUUUGGGGUCCCCUCCGGCACAGCCCAAGGUCCUAAACCAGGUCUGGGCUGCAGCCCUGACCCUGCCGCUUAGUCUGGCGGGAGCCUUGCCCCCUUUGCAAGGGAAGGGCACCGGACUGGAUGAGCUGGAGGAUUCCUGGAGAUGGACUCCAGGCCCUUCAAUAACAGAGCCGGGGCGCAGGGCCCCCACAGACAGGUAGGGGGAGCCCGAGUGCUUUGCUAGGACCAGCCUGGCUCUGCAGACAGCCCCGAGGGCCGGACAGCCUGUGAGCCUCCUGGAGACUGGGAUGUGACUGAGUCUGAGGAGGAGGAGGGACUGAUUUGGGGUGCAGCUGGCUGUAAAGACACCCUCAGGGCCCCAGGCAGAGUGGAAGUCUCUUUGUUUCUUAUCUGUGGGUGUACUAAUAAAGGAGAAAUGCUUAGUGUUUGAAUGAGAACUCUGCUUUAGAUGCCUUGAAACCUUAAGUACAACCCCUAGAAAACUCCAUCCUUAUUAUUUGAGGCGAUGGGCACAGUCUUUCAGAGAGGGAGAACCAAGUGCUCUGGAAAACUGCUAAGAAUUUUGUAGGGGCAAGGAACUGGAAACUCAGAGGAUGCCCGUCACUGGGAGAAUAGCUGAGUAAGUUAUGAAAUGUAAUGUAAUGGAAUAUUAUCAUUCUAUAAGAGAUGAGCAAGUGAUUUUUGUCUUUCUUCCCAGGUUAUUUUUACCUUCUGAAUCCAAUUGUUCCUGUGCAACAAGAGAACUGUUCGGUUCUGCACACAUAGAUUGUAUCUAGGAUAUACUGCAACAUAUUUAACAUGUAUAGGACUGCUUGCCAUCUGGGGGAGGGGGUGAAGGGAGGGAGGGGAAAAGUCGGAACAGAGUGCAAGGGAUAAUGUUGUAAAAAAAUUACCCAGGCAUGGGUUCUGUCAAUAAAAAGUUAUUAGAAAAAAAAAGAAAGAAAAAGAAAAGACAUGAAAUAAAGUGCGAAAUAAAAAAGAAAAAGAAAAAAAAAAUGAGCAAGUGGAUUUCAGAAAAGCCUGGAGACAUUUACAGAAACUGAUGCUGAGUGAAGUGACCAGAAUCAAGAGAUCAUUGUACACGGCAACAUGAUGGUCAAUUCUAGCGGAUGUGGCUCUUUUCAACAAUGAGGUGAUUCAGGUUGUUGCCAACAGGGAAGACACACGUGAAGUUUCUCCAUCUUUUUUAUCGGGCCUACUCAAUUCUCAGACAACGGCAGAUGGACAGAUUCCUGGUGAAGAGAGCUGCAAGGUAUCCUUCAGAUCACACUAGAGACGAGCAGGAACAAAGUCACAGCUUCCAGGGAGAAGAGGAAGAAAGUAGAAAGAAACGACCCAGGAGGGAAACAGCUGGGAAAGAUGGUGACUUGGCAACUGGCUGCUCCUGGCGGAAGAUUCGGGCUGAGAACUUGGAUUGUGAUUACACUGUCCUAUUUGGCAGGGAGGAGGCAGAUGAGCUUCUCCAGACACUGGAAAAAGAAGUGGAAUAUUUUGAAGGCGAUCUUGCCAGAGUUCGAGUGUUUGGCAAAUGGCACAAGAUCCCAAGGAAACAAGCCACCUAUGGAGAUCUAGGGUUAACCUACACCUUCUCAGGCCUCACCUUAUCUCCAAAGCCCUGGAUCCCAGUCCUGGAGCACAUUCGAGACCGUGUGGCUGCUGUGACUGGACAUGCCUUCAAUUUUGUACUGGUCAACAGGUACAAAGAUGGCUGUGAUCACAUUGGUGAACACCGAGAUGACGAGAGUGAGCUGGCUCCCAGGAGCCCCAUCGCCUCCGUAUCCUUUGGAGCCUGCCGGGACUUCUUCUUUCGCCACAGAGAUUCCCGAGGAAAAGAGGCCUCCCGGCAUGUUGAUGUGGUGAAGAUUCAGCUGGCUCAUGGGAGUUUACUGAUGAUGAACUACCCAACCAAUGUCCACUGGUAUCACAGCCUCCCUGUCAGAAAAAGGAUUCUGGCUCCACGGGUCAAUCUGACAUUUCGUAACAUUCUCCUCUCUAAAAGAUAAAUGCUUUUCUUAAUUCUCA